AUGAGCCCUUUGCUUUUUGUUGUACUAGUUGUUUCCUCUCACGAUCUGCCCCCUCUCUCUCUCUCUCUCAUGAUCUGCCCUUUUCUUUAAAAUCUCUCUCUCUCUCUCUCUCUCUCUCUCUCUCUCCUACCUCUUGAUCUUCUUUACCAAUUCUAAAACCAAGAUAUAGAGACAUUUCCGGAGUUCGUAUUGUCAGAGAGACAACAUGGGAGAAUCUUCUGCUUCAUAUAUCCGCUUGGUGCAUCACCUUAUAGAAGAGUGCAUAUUAUUCAACAUGAGCAGAGAAGAGUGCAUGGAUGCUCUCUCCAAACAUGCUAAUAUCAUGCCAGUUAUUACUUCCACAGUGUGGAAAGAGCUAGAGAAAGAGAACAAGGAGUUCUUCCAGGCGUACGCAAGAGACAAAGAGGAGAGAGAGAGUGAGAUGGAGACGACGCAAAGAAUUCACAAGAUGCUGUUGGAUUCUUCCCGAAAAGAUACCCACGACCGCAACUAGUUCCCACCUGUAAUUGGGGAUUUGAUUGGCUUGUUUUGCACUCGUGGUCCUACAGCACGACAGCGAUGUAGAGCACGAUCUGAGCCUUCCAUCUAAGCUAUAUCAAUGAUUGGAGUAGAUUUUAUCUCGACAAUAUAUAGAUCGCUCCAAAUGAUCUAUAGAAAUUUGGAUUGUUAAUUAUAAAUGGACUACUUGGAUCACACCUUACGCUAGCUGCACUACUGGGCCUCUGUUCCAAAUUGGGCAUGGCAUGCCAGGUGGAGUAUAUGAAUUGGUGUUUGAGCCAAAUCCAAUCGAGAUGUCAAUUCUUUAAAUGUCAUUUGACGUCUUCACUCUCGUUUUAAAAUUAAUAUGAAAACGUGUAAGGACUUUCUUGUA